UCCUAUCAGUCGGUCAUCGUUGCCACUACUUAACACACAGUGAGUAAUUGAGUGAUUGAGUGAGGGAGGGAGGGAGUUUAUUAAAGGAGAGAGGGGAUGUCUGGCGGAGGAUGUCUCGCCCAGUCGGCUCAACAGUGAGCAGGCGCAGCAUCAUCCGUCCUCAGUCUCAUCAUCCUGCAUCAUCAUCCUGCAUCAUGCUGACGUUCCUCAACCCGAAGCUCGCUGAACGAUUCUAGACUUGUCCUGUGCAUCAGUAGACCCUCCAUGAGCGUCAUUACUACACUGCAGAGACUUGGAUGCCGCCGUCAUGCUGGUGCGGCAUCGGGUGAGAUUUAGCUCAACCCCAUUGUUGUGGUGUGCACGACGAGAGACAAAAGUAUAAGAGUUGAGUUGGAUAUUGCAGCCGCAUUGGGGAAAAAGUAGGUGGGGUAGCAGGCGUCAAAGAAGUCUUGGACGAGGUGCUGUCAUGCAUGAGAAGGGAUUUUAAGACGCGGGGAGCUUGUGGGAUGAGUGUUUUAGACAUCUCGCCUGCUGCUCGGUUUGGUGAAAUGCUCAUUGGGUCUUUGCAGCUCCGUGAAUGGUAGGCUUUAUUUGUUUUCGCAUUCUGAGAGAGGGGCGCAAAGCUCCGUGACGCGUUUGCUUGUAGAUGUAGCAGCGCGUCACGAUGGUGACACAAAAUGACCAGGCGGGUGUGGAGCAGCCUGAGAGCGUGAAGCUUUCGAUCCCCGCCGAUGUGGAGGGUCUAAUUUUAGAGCCCAAGAAACAUUGGACCAAGUAUGCUGUCGUCCCUGUGCUUGUGCUGGUGCUGGUGCAGGUGCUCAGUGGCGGUCACCAGAUCCUUUCAAGAGUGGCCCUGGUCACUGGCAUAGAUCCACUCCUGUUUACCUUCUACAGGAAUUUUAUCGCGUUUGCCGUCUUGGCUCCUUUCGCCUACUAUGUCGAGAGGGAUAUGAGACCGAAAAUGACUCUAGCGACGUUUGGAAACCUCAAUAUUCUCGCCUUUUUUGCAAUUUUGGGGAACCAGCAAUUUUACCUGGCAGGGUUGAAGCUAACAUCACCCUUGUUCGCGGCCGUGGCGCAAAAUACGAUUCCAGUGAUCACCUUCUUGUUAGCUGCAAGCAUUGGGCAAGAGGAGAUAUCCUGUCGAAAGAUGAGUGGUCUUGCCAAAAUUCUUGGAACCUUCAUUGGCUUCGGUGGUGCAGUAACCAUGACACUGUACAAAGGAGCGAAGAUCUAUGCGUCCGAAGCUGGAAAAGAUGAGUUAGAUGGAUUUGUGAACCUCUUCAAGUAUGCGGGAAUCCCCGCUCUAGUCGACAUCAAGAUAGAUCACUGGGCUCUUGGUGCAUUUUAUCUACUAUUAAAUUGCACCUUGUGGGGGUUGUAUCUCAUAAAUCAGGGUUCUGUACUAGUGAAGUAUCCAGCCCUCCUGUCGAUGGGGUGCUUGACGGAACUAUUUGGGUCCAUUCAAGUGGGUAUUAUUGGAGCCGCAAUGAAGGGCGUACAGUCCCUCGAUUUCCGAUCGGUUACGCUUAAUCAUCUCAUGGUCAUCACAUAUGCGGGGGUGGUAGUCUCAGCUAUCGUUCAAGUGCUGCAAGCAUGGUGUAUCCAGCAAACGGGUGCAUUUUUCGUCUCCAUCUUCUUGCCAGUGCAAACGCUGGUGGUGGCUGUUCUGGCAAUUAUUGUGCUCGGCGAGACUCUCUACCUAGGAGUCGUGAUAGGGGGUGUGCUGGUUAUUGGAGGAUUCUACAUCGUCAAUUAUGGACAAAAAAUGGAGCGAAAGAAGAAAAAGUUAUUGCUCCUUCAAUGCAAAACCAAAUCAGGCGUGAUAAGCUUCAGUGGUGAGGAUAAGAAACUAUCUGAUCUAGAGGAACCUCUCCUUUCUUGAUGCUUUGUUAGGGCAAAGCAUGCAUCAGCUCUCUUACAAACAAAAAAAUGAAUCCUCCAGCCCAUAGUUUCACAAGCUCAGUGUCAGGAAGUUAUUGAGAAUCCGGAUCUCGAAGUAGUUUUCAGCCUUGAUUCAAGGAGGCUACGUUCAGAAGUACACAUGUUUUAGAUAUACCAAGCUUUUAAGGCAGAAUAUAAACAUAGGAUUUUUGAUAGCCGUAAGAAUAUGAGAGAUAAAUACCUUGACUCCAGAUAUUCACUUCUCGUACGCAAUGCUUCUCAGUGUGGAAAUUACCAAGACUCAUGCAACACAUAUACAUACAUUCCAUAUUUCAAUUAUGCGAAUCCAUCUCUGUACUUGAAUUAAAUGUAUGAA